UUUUCAAAACUGGGCAGCGUCAGUGCCGAGAUGAGUGGUAAACGUUCCGUGUAUCAGUCGUGUGCUUCCUGCACUACCAAAGCAUUCUGAACAAGUUCAGGGUAGGUUGGAGUGAAGCCAAUGACAAAAGAAACUCAAAUCCGCUGUCAAGAACCUGCAGAAAGGAAAAUUCAUUCUGUGGCAAAAGAUUGCGGCUCAAUUCCCUGGCAAGAGUGUGAAGCAGGUGGCCCAGCGUCUGGACCCCAAGAUCAAAUCGGGCGGCUUCACCGAAAGGGACGACAUGAUCAUCACGGCUGCUCGGAGCCAAAAAAUGACUCAGGCAAACCUGAUGCCAGGUCGAACCGAGAGCCAGAUCAGAAUUAGAUACGCCAAGCCAAAGAGUUCCUUGGAUUCCUGAGGAAGCCCAGAAACUGCUGGCCUUGGUCAAGCAGUUCAAAAGCAGCAGAGACCAAUGGUCGAUCUUCAACGAGUACUUUCCAGACAGGGACAGGCAGCAGCUCAAGGGCAGGCACAAGAGGCUGCUCAAUGAUAUGCUGCUGGGAUCAAAACCACUCUGCCUCGCAAGGGGAAAAGGUCAAUCUGGGUGCUGAAGAACAAAAAAAUAUCUUCUCCAGGAGGAACGACAAUUAGAUUUAUUUUCUUGAACAAAUAUUUGUGUAGAUUUUCAAAGCCAGGAAUGUGGUCAAGUUUGCCUCCGAUGCCCAGAAGGCUGGAAGAGUCGGUCGGAAGGGAAAGAAGAAAGACGCACUGGACUUGGAGUUGGACCAGGUCUUUCGAAGCCACUACCCCCAGCCAAAAGGAAGAAAGAGGAUACCAUCCGAAUGCCGCAGACCCUGCAACUGUGGACGUCGCUCGGAAAUUGUGUGAGACUUUCGGUGUGCACUUUGAUUGGAGUUGCGAGCAGCGGCUGGUCAAGGCCGCAGCCACUGACCCCGACUACUACAGCAUCCUCAACGUGUACCGCCAGCUGCGGAUGCUGCACUAUGAAGAGGGCUGGGACUGUGGCAAGAAGCACGUCACUCAAUUGAUUCCUCCGAACGUCUCAUCUCUGAUCAGACUGCGCACUUUGCUACUGGAAGAGCGCAACAUUUUGGCCAUGAGCCUGGAGGAUCUGAGCGAGGUGCCGACCUACCUCAAGGGAGUUUUCACCAGGGCUGACUUGACCUGGAACCAACCUGAUGAGGAUUACAAUGAAGUUGACGAAGACGCUCAUCCUCAGCAGAACGACGAAGGCUCUCGUGAAUCGCCCCGAAUCACUCCUCAAGAAGCUCUGUCCCUUUUCAAGCAGAGGUUUUUCUCGCUGCUGCUCUGGCCAAGCUACAUGUCUCGCUUUGCGACUUGUUUGAGGGUGAAAGGAUGGCUUGUGCCAGUUCCAAUGAAGACGAGGACGAAGUGGACAACGUGUUCCUCGACUUUGACACUGACGAGGAGGACAAAGUAAAGAAACCCUGCAAUGAAAUGGAAAGUGAGGAGAGGAAGCAGAUGCUGAGGAAGCAGUGGCUGCAGUACAGAGAGCAGAAACUGAGUCAGCCAGUGCUGGAGGAAAAAGAGGUGCCUGAAGUGCUCAAGAAGAAGCGGUGUCUGCCCAAGAAGAGGGGAGGGAAGAAAGAUGGAAGCAGAAAAUUGGCUGCAGAGCCACAUCGGGAACAACUUUUUGCUCCAUACAAUGCAAUGGACUUUAAA